UGGAAAUAAAAUAAGGUCUAAGAUUAUUACUAUGGAUAGUCGAUUCAUUCUAUAUACCAAUAUAUUAUUGUACAUUCUUAGGUUAAGUGAUUAUUAUUAUUCUUUACACACUCGUUUAUAUGCUUCUAAAAAUCACGUUUAGUUUAGCAAGUGCAUUUUAUCUUAGCAUUUUGUUAAUUAACUUUUACUGGAACUCUUUGCUUUGUAGCCAAGAACAUAAUUAAUUCAUCGUCUAUUUUAUUCAUCAUUUGUCACAUUUUUUCUUUUUAUUAUCGUUAUUACUCUACAUAUUAAUCGACUAUUAACCAUAUUCUUUGGCCUAAUUAAGUUAACUUUUUAAUUUACACUAAUCAAUAAUUGAGUUUUUGUAACUCGAGUACUGUUCUUUCUUUUUUUUUUACAUUUGUUACUAUCCAUAGCAAUCAAUAAUGUAUUAAUCAGACUGGAUAUUUUAAUUAAAAGUUGAAUUUAAUCUGGAGUUCUCUCUCUAUCUUUUUACGGCUUCUUGUUUGAGAUACAAAGACUUAUUAAUUUUCUGACUCAGUAGCAGUUCGGUUCUUUCAGUGACAGUAUGGCUUUUUAAUUGAUUAUUGUAUCCUAAAACCAACUUUAAUUCAUUCUUUAAUUAUUAGUCACUUUCUGUUCUUUCAAUCGUUUUUUUUCGGGAAAAGUUUAAUAUAUGGGUAUUGUAAGAAAAUGAAUUAUCGUCCGUUCAUUCACUGAAUAAAGCGCUUAUCUCCCAGUGAUUUCUCUAAGUUUUAUAAACCUACUGUCCGUUCAUCGACUCAUGCAAUCUAAUGGCUUAUAUGAUCCCUUCGAAAAUUAGUAUAAUUUCAAGCUUUUAUUCAAAGUACAUGGUUGAAAUAGCAAGCAGUCAAAACAAUAGUUUAUAAAGUUCUUUAGUGAGUACCCUGAUCAUUUUACCUAAUGUUUAUUAGCUUGUACUCAUUUUAAAAAUUCACUAAUUACUAUUUCAUCAUCGUAUCGAAUAUCUUUUGUUCUCGUAAUUGUGGUUAUGUAUAUUUUUAUUAUUUAGAGUCAGUAUUUAUUCACAAGAGAAUAUUGAUUUGAAACGUCGUGUGGAUGGCUUAGAAAGUACAAAUCGUUCUUUGCUAGGUCAAUUGCGUCUAUUACAGCAACUUGUCAGUAAAUCUAAAUCCAGUAACACCCCAACUUCGACAUGCUCCACUGAUUCAAUCAAAACUGGAAAUCAAACAAAUCAUUUGACUAUGAAUGGCAAUGGUUCUGUUGAUUCUGUAACUCGAAUUACUCAUAGUAAUGGUUCACCUUCCACUUGUUUAAUGGUCUUUGCUUUAUGUUUUGCUGCCUUAUGGAUUGGGCAACCUUCAGGAAAUGGCAAUCAAAACGCACUGAACACUGGCCUAAGCUUUACUUUGAGUCCUCAAAAUUCCUUCAAUUUCUGGGUAUCACAAGUUCCACAGCGUCUAGUAUCUGGUUCAUUAUCCCAGGUAAUACAUCAACUUCGGAUGAUUUAGUGUUCUUUUUUAUAAAGACUUUGUGUAACCAUAUUUAUAUAAAUGCAUUUCAUUUAUUAAAUCUUGAAAGUUUUGUAUCAGCGAUAGAUGAUAAAGGAAAUCAUUUUCAUUCAUAUUGAUGAUUGUAAGUAUUACUUACAUGAAUUAGAUAUUCUUUGGAUGUUAUUUUCAAACUAGUACAUAGUAUAAGAUGAAUUUAAGUAAAUUGGUAAAUAUACUUUGGACAUUUUCUGUAUAUUUGAUUGAUCUUAUAAUACUCUUCAAUCCAUUAUGCAUUCUUAAUGAUUGUUAAUGUUUUUUGUGCACGGUCAGCACAUAUAUUCAUCAAAACAACAUGAACUUGAUGGUAAGUUAUAAUUAGUAUAAUAACUGUAUGCUUAUAUAUGUAAGUAGCCUGUUGGUCUUUUCAUAAUUUUCUAAUUCUAGAUUGGUUACUCGUUCUCAAAACAACCUCAGUUUAGUGAGUAUAAACAUAGUUCUUUCAAUAAUUUUGGUGUAAAAAAGUCAUAUGACACCCAGUUUGUGGCGCAUGAUUCACCACAAGAACAAACAUCAAAACUAGUCAGUCAGUUCCCUCUACAUUCUUCAGCUACUCAGAAAUUUCAUGGUUAGUUCCCAUUCACUUUUAUUCUAGUUAAGAUUUAUUCAUUUGAAGUCAGCUUCUUGUAGAUGUCUUUUAUAACUACUCUUGUGUAAUUUUGUACUUUUAAACCCUGUCUAAUUCCAAUGAUUAUAAAUCCUGAUGCCUAUUAAUUUCGCAUAUUAUUUAGAUUGGUUUCAUCAUAUAACUAGAUUCAUUUGACAAUUCGAUAUGAGAAGCGAUAUGUUUCAUAAAAUAUAUUCAGAAACUCAAACGUACACUGUUUGUAGGAAGUGAGAAUUGUAUAUGUUGUGUAUUUUGAAUGAGUUAAUAUAAUGAUCUGAUCAGUUGCUGUAUUACGCGGAUUGACUUGUCAAGUGAAUUUGUUGACUUUUACCCAUAUCCAUGUAUUGAAUAUGAUAAAUAGGUAUAUAUAUAUAUGCAUGUGUGAAAGGGAUGUAAACCCCAAGCUGAAGUUUUAUUUUGUGGAAGAAAUGUUGAGAAGACCCGAAUAAUUCCCUGAAAUGUUCAUAGAGGCCCUGAAAACUGAGAAACAUUUUAUCUAAUCAGCGUUGAGUGGACGUUUCUCAGGAACAUUUGGAAAGUGGAGAGUCAAAUGUCAAACUUCUGAUCGUAGGAUUACUAUGAUUCUAGAAUCCCAAGGUCAUCCGAAAUGCCAUAAAUACUCUCGAUUUUCUGUACAUAAGUUAACCUUUUUCCACGUUUCGCCCUUUCUCUCUGUUUUAAUUUUUCGUUUAGAUUUAACCUGGGGUUAUAGAAGAGCUUAGGUAACUGAUUCAAGCGUUUAGACAGAAGAUUUAUCGAAGAGUUAAUAAUUAGUGGGAUUAAAAACGACACAUUUGCUUACUAGGUUUUUUACCUGGUUAGAUAAAAGUAGACUUGCAUAAAAGUGUGCUUAUAGUUUGUAACUGUUGCACGCAUCACAAUCUUUUAAGAAAUCAAAUCAUUUUACUUUUAGUUGUUCCGGUUGAUAAGGUUAAAGGGGAUUCGAACUACUGUGAUACCAUAUUUAGUUACUGAGUGGGUCACCUAUAUCUAUGUGCCAAUACUAUCCAAUUUCUAAUUUCACUUCAAGAAUUCAUUGAAUGAAUAUUCUUAGUUUGUUCACUUAACUACUGACAAGAUUAUUUAAGUGAACAUUAAUUAAGUGAAAAAUACCUAGAUUUAGAAAUGCUUUGUAUAUAACAAAGGUGAUGAAAAUAAACUAGUGAUAACCUGUUCGGGAAUCCUACGCAUAUAAUUUUUGCUGCUGUUUUGUAACGUAGUUGGGGAUUUUUAACUCGUCAACUGAAUACAGUCUUUCAAAGCUCCUAGAUUGUUCCUUAAUUUUUAAGCUAACUGAAUCCUAACUCGAAAUAUCAAAGAUAAGUUGUCAGCGGUUGGAUUAUCUACUAGUGUUUAUCGUCUUAACUGGUUUUAUAGAGGGACUUACAUAGGUCAUACUUCUAUUUAUACUUCGUUAUUUGCGAGAAUGUAACUGAGUGCUUAAAAAAGUAGAGAUCACUUCUAAACCAAAAUAAAAACAUCUGUAUUCCAUGUAUUUUUAAUUCAAAAACGCAUAGUGUAGUCAUACUUUCAGUGCUUGUUUUCGUAAACUAGUAACAAUAACGCUAGCCUUAAAAAUUUAUGACUUGUAGUGUAUUUUCUGUCCACUAUGGUGUAUUAUAAAAUGAUAUCAUUACUUGUUUUACAUUGAUCAUAUCACUACCUUUUCUAUCAUUAAUGCUCUAUCAAAAGAGUUUGUUAAAGUCAUAUCUUUUCAAAGGUUCCCUCAUUUUAUAUCGGCCAGAUUCUACCUAUUAAUUGCUGUGCAUUCCGUUACGUUCAUUACUUGAUUAGCGCAGAAUAUAAUAUACCACUAACGGUACUCAAACAUAAAAUCCCCACAAUCACAAAUCAGAAGGCAUGAUAAGUGUUUGUUGCGUAAAAACCAAAAAUGUACAGAAAAAAUGCGUGUAUUUGUAAUUAUUAGUGUUGGCUGUAACAAACGCCCUGGUAUGGCCGAGAGCGGGGUUGGUUCGCCCUUCCUCUCGAAAUACUCUCACACGGCCGCGCGUAUACAACCUCUGCCAGGGAAGUCCUACUCACUGCUUUCUCGUGGCGGGGGUGUUGUUUACGAAAAUGAGAGGACGAAAAGCGAAUGUCCGGCGCUUUAACCGGAUUCCAAACCAAUGGUGCACAUGGGCACCAGUAUCCUGCGGGAACAAAUGGCGUACGAACCAAUUUUCGGUCACCGGCUACCAUAGGACUGCAUCUCCUUACGAUGCUCCACUGCCUUGUGGGUUAGACCUUUAGGUCAAAGGCUCGGGGUGUGGCCCCCUAAGCGAACCACCUGCUUCGGUCUGGGCACCCGGGCAGUAACGCAGCCCACAUGCAAUUAAUGAACUGAAAUUGUAUGGCGCAUAUAUGUUUGGCGCACUCCUGUACCAAUAUAUAUGUGUUCAAAUAAAAUAAAUAAAAAUAAAAUUCAGCCAAUCCCCAAGGAGACAAGUUGCACUACUGUCCAAUCGUAGCAUGCCACGUUAAUAUUCUAGAAAGUCCCAUCAGGUUCUGAUUGGGUGGAAACUCUUAGGCUCCUUUAGGGACUCUAGAGGCUCCAUCAGUCUUCUCGAGAGCCGUCCUAACUUAUUCUGUGAUAUAUAGUUUUAUUAAAAACUGCCUUCUUCAAACAUCAUUGAUUGUAGUCUUGCCUCAUUACCAUAUUCGUUUCAUUUUCUUUGUUUUGCAUGUACUUUACCAAUUCGUGGCAAAAUCCUUUUCAUCCCGUAUGCAUGUUUUUUUCUUUAAAUACUAAAAUUUAUUUAACCAUCACUUGACAUUUUGGCUGCUGUUUGUUGAUGUCUGUUGAGUUAAACACUAAAUUUCAUUGAUUUUUUAGCUGAUAAUACAUACUGUUCCCAUAUGAUCUGACCUUUUUUAUGUUCAAUAUUCACGUCAUAAUUCAAGUAAGCUACGAGACACUUGUUGUGUCGGUUACUAUUUUAAGGUCACAGCUUGCUCUAGCUUCUGGACUAGCCAAUUUAUUCAUUCAUCUUGAGUCACCUUUUGACCUUGUUAAUUAUUCGCCUAUCAACCUUGACUUUUUAUAUGAGCGUAUUUGUGCAUUUCUUAUCUUACUCAUCACAUGUCUUAUUUUUAUCUGACUAUAAAUAUCUAUUAAUGCUUGAUUAAAUUGAGUUGGCUCACACGCAUUCUCCAGUGCACAUCAUUUCACUUCGUGCUUCGGAUUAUCUCUCCAGAUCAACGAGUGUACAAAAUUUCAGCGUUCGAGACUUCUUGGGGAAGCAAGUGAGUUGGAAGACUGUGGUCCUGGACAUUCAUUUUGGUCUUAUUUAUUCGGAAAUCCAACAUCAUCCAAACAUCAAAUUUGUGGUCGAAACGAUGAUCUACUCAUAACAGAACUUCAGCUUUUUGAUGACAUCGAAAGAGAUUUAAUGCUCACUCUGUCACCUAACUCAACAGAUUCUAAAUACUAUUCGAAAUUCAAUGAAUCCAAAAGCUCGUUUCAUGUAACUUGGCCACCUGUGAUAGAAUUAUCUUAAAGUAUCAUCUAAUGAGGUUUACUACUACAAUUUUUCAUCUUUCAUGAGAUGGUUCAUGUCACCGUGUGUUGAAGGUGAUACUUCGUUAUGAACCAUUUCACUGUGUAUGUGAUACUCUUAUUUCCCAUUAGGAAUUACUAUUAUCCAGUUUUAACCCAAGUGCUAAUACAUUCAUUUAUCUAUGUUCUAAUAGUAUUUUCUUAUGUGACAUUCAAUGAUAAUAUUACACUUGUGAUCCGUUUUAUUCGUGAUUUAAUUUUUUGGGUGGAUGGUUAAUUGUAAUAUGUGUAAUUUAUGUUUUCAUUUAUCUUCUGUUUAUAUAUAAACAACUGUGUAUAUGUGACCUUUUUGGAUAUGCUCCUGACUUUCUAUAUUCUUUAUUCCUUAUUUUUGUGGUUUACUUCUAUGGAAGACAUGAAUCGUACUUGUAAACUUAUUUAAUAGCAUGACUUUCAUCCACUUAAAUUUUUAACUCCAUAAUAUGAUUGUACUUUUUCAUCAAUCUACUGUGUGGAUUUGGGUUUUUGAAACAAAUCGGUCAUGUCCAUUCUCCGAAAAAUAAAUAGUAUUCAACUUAAUAAUAUUUUCACUGUCAGAUUUUGUAUAUGUUUAUUUUUGCAUUUACCUUAUGGAGUAAUAAGUCUUUUGUAUUAUUAUUUACUAACAUAUAUUGUUCUCUUUUCUGUGUGUAAGAAAACAAAUGAAACUGUUGUGCUACGCUUUUCGCACAUAUACAUCAAGCUCUGUUAGUCUUUUACUCACUUCCUUGUAAUUGCUUUAAUUUCUGGUUGGUUGAUUUAAAAUAUAUUUUGUCAGGACACUAAGAUUUUUAGCUUAUAAAAAUGGUUAAGUUCCUAUUUUUACGAAAUUAAAUUUUAAGGUUAAUGACCAAGUCGGUGUUGGAAUUCCCCAUUUUUGUGUGCAAAAUUUAAAAACUCAAAAACCAACUGUUUUGUUGUUUUCGAAUGAGUAACUUUAUGUUAACUGUCAGUUCACACUCGUGAUGAGUUUCUAUACGAACACUCUGAAAACCGAGUUUUGUUAUACAAUCUCUUUCAUCAUUAGUACAUUCCAAUACUCAAGUAAACAUAAGAGGACGUCACUUAGUUGUAGGACAUGAGUGGAAACUUUCUUUGUUAGACUCUGUUUACUUUGGUUUUAGUGAUACUGAAGGCAACCUAUCUCAGAUCUUUUUCUUACCAUUCAGGUUCUUAACACAAUACAGCCUGACCUAUUAUCAGUGUUGGUCUUGCACAACCACUCAGAUUCUGAGGGUUUGGUAUUUAUUUUCUGGUGUUUUUGGUAGGUUGUUUGCUCUUUUAUAUUCUUUAACUAGAAGUUGUUUUUGAGGCCUAAACGAAUCUGUCAUGGCUUUUACCAUUUACGAAGUCGAACGGACUAUUAAGUCAUCAAACUAUUCAAACUUUGUAUAAUUGAACAACCGGGUUCAUAUAUGAAAAAACACUAUAAUUAAUACUCACUUUCUGUCAUGCCAACUGGUUAGACAGGGAUUGUUGAAAUUUUGUUUAAUAUAAGUUAAGUGAACGUGCAGACUCACAAUUAUGGAGAGAUUAGAUGAAUUAUCAAAUAUUGCGCGCAAUAUUUAAAUAUAGGCGAUAACGAGUAAAUGUUGGAGGUUUUCAAUAUAAAUGAAUGAACAUGUUGAGUUUGUUCGAAACAUGUGGCAGCUAGGACACUCAGAGUACUAUUUGCGAUACAAAGAAACAUCUGUUUAUUUCUUCGCCUUUUCAUCUUUAAUAUGUUCAUCCUGCAAACGUUUCGUCGUUAUAAAAGGAACACAGAAUCAUGUUCCAAAUUUCUGAAGUAAACUCCUAACCAAAUUUUACAGUUGAGUUGAUGUUUUGUUAUUUCUUUCAAUAUCAUUUUUUAGAACCAUAAUAUGUGCGACUCAACUACUUCGUAUCAUACACUGAUUAAAAUGGCAAGAACAGUAAUUUAGUAAGAUUGUGUGGUAAUAGUCUUAUAAACAAUAUGUAUCAAAUAAUAUGCCUUGAGAAAUAAAUCGUAUGAUCAAUUUGCAUCCCCGAAACCCGUUACAGUCAGGCUAUGAAAAAAAUAAUUACAGAAUAUAUUAAAACUACAAACGAGUUGCUUGUUUAAAGGAGUACACUUUUGUCCUUAUGAACAGUUCGACUUAGCUCACUCUAAGGUAAAUUAUUAAAAUCAUAAGAUAAUAACUUAACAACGUUGGGGAUCUUAAAUGUUAAUCACUUGUCAAAAUUAAUAAACUUUUAUAGAAACUAAAAUCAACAAAUAUCAGAGUGGUGAAUCAGUUUGGCAGUCACAAGGAUCAAAAUUCAACGGAGACAAAAUUUAAAACGAAUCAGGAAGUAACAAGAAAUAAAAGGGAUGAAACUGCAAGUACAUAUGAGGAAAAAUCUUCCUAUGGCAAAUAGCAAACAUAAUAUUCAAAAACAAAUUAAUUUUUCUUUUUUGCAAGGGUAAGUUAAAAGUCACUCCCUGUUCAAAACCAUCGCACUUUAUCACACGCGAUCUCUAAGGGCUGGAGUGGUGGCGGGCAUUCUAUUUGUGAAUAGUGCUAAGUAGUUUGCCCGACUGUGUGCUGCCUUGAUUUUAUAGUGUACGUGGAUUUGGAAAAGCUGAAUAACUUUUAAAACAUUCUUGUUCACGGAUCACAUCAACUACUGAUUAUCUCUUUGUACUCUGCAUUGUUUUGGAGUUUCCUACAUAAGGCUAAUGGUAGAACCAUUGCAUCAACUAGACCUAACACGCCUUCAGUGGGCCUGUACGUUACUUUUAGCAGCGAUUGCUUUAUCGAAUUCUUUCAGUUGGGUUAAAUUGAAACGUGGCUUUAAAUUUUCAACCAGUGGUUGAAACAGGAACCUUACAAAUGCAGAUGACAAAUAUUCAUUAAAUUAACCAACAAAGUGAGGGAAAUCGUAGCGACUGUUGAAACCAAUUUUAUGUUGUUACUAAAUGUACGUUUGAUGUUCUUCCAUGUUGGCGAUGUAAUUAUCGAAAAGUUUUAACUCCAUGGUAUUGUGAAUCGCGAGUUGGCUACUCUAAAUUCUACCAGUUGACAAGCUUCAGAUAUCCCAGUUCGACCCCAAUACUGUUCCCAAUCUCCAAUAUAUCAGAACACGAACCGUAGUUGAGAAAUCGUUU